UUUUCUAUUAAAAAUAAUCAAAUUAAUUUGAUUGUAAAAUGCUUAAUGAGAAGUUUUAAUAAUUCUGUUAAUGAAUAAUAGAAAUCUUUCUAGAGUGAUUCAAUCAAUGAAGAUAGCAAAAUUAGUUCUAAAAUUAAUGAAACACAAAAUUAAUAUUUGAGCAAUAAUAAUGUUAUCAACAAUAACUUUUCAGAAUAGCGCUCUAAAAGCUAAUCUUCUUUUAUAAAAUCUUAAGCUUCUAAUCAUAGUAUUCCUAUCACAAAUUAAAGUUAUAAUGAUAACCUUAGUGUGAAUAGAAGUAAUAACAGUAGAACACAUACAAGUAUACAAAUUCCUUAAAAGAAGUCUUAGUUUCACAUCUAAAAUUAUUCAGGAUAUAAAAGAUAUGAUGAACCUGUCAAGCUAAAUAAAGAUUAAAAUUUUAUGCCUUUGUCAAAUCAUAUCAGUUCAUCAGAAAUAUUGUUUAAUUCUGGAAUAUAUCAAAAAAAAUAUAAUGAAAAUGACUCUACAAAAGCUUCUAUUUUAAUGAAUUUAAACACUACAAUAGUUGACCCUUCAAAAAGCUAAUCUUUUCUGAUUUAGAAACCUAUAAAACAGUAGCUUGAUGUGAUAGAUGAAUAAAUCAAUUUAGAAAAUCAAAGGAAAGAAUUACAAAAGUUUUCUUUUUAAAAAGAUUAAAACCAAUAAAAUUAUUAAAGAAGAGCAUCAGAAAUUUUAGAAGAAACUGCUAAGCAAUUAGAAGAGGAAAGAAAUAGACCAAAGCCUUAAGAAAUUCAUGUUAUUGUAAAUCCGUAUGAAAUUACUAGACAAGAUAUACUUGAAAAAAUGAUAAAUAAAGACAAAUAAAUGAGAGAGUAAGAAGAAUCAAUAAAAGCUAAAGAAUUUAGAUAAGCAAAAAAUAAACAAGCUAAAGAGCUACUUAUAUUUUUAGGAAUGAAAUUACCUUCUGAUGAUGAAGAAGAGGAAGAAGAAGUAUAAAUAGAAAAAGAUAAAUCUUUCAAUAAAAUAGCUUUAUAGCCUUAAAUUCCAUCUAACCAUAAUUCAUAAACAAAUAUAUCUGAAUAGCCCUCUCAUAGUGUUACAAAAUCGUUUUUUAACAGAAAACCAAAAAAAAGACAAACCACUAGAGUUAUUGAUAUUAUUAAUUAAAUGAACUCCAAGACUCCAUAGGAGCAGAAAAUGUAAAUGAUUAAGGGUGAAACUGCUUUGAUUAUAAAAUCAUAAAAAAAUUUAAAGUCAACAACAAAAGUAGACUUUGAAGAUGAUUAUCAGUAGCAAGAUAAUAAAACCCAAAACUUGAUUAGAGGCUCUCAAACCAGUAUCUAAUUACAUAACGAAAAGUCAAAUAAUGACAUACAAUCAGAUAAAUAAAAUAUUAAACCAAUUUCAGAUGUCUAACCUCCUUCAAAUAACUAUACAAUUAGUGAUAUAGAAGAUACUAAAAGUGUUUAACUUUAAAUGGAAUAAUUUUUAAAUCGGAGAACUCUUAAAUAAAGCUUUAGAUUACCUUUAAGGUAUAAUUCUGCAAUUAUUAAAAGAGCUUUCGAAAAGUAGGGAUAAACCUAUAUUAGCAAAUGGCUAUCCCAUACAACAUUCACUUAAACAGAUUUAGCAGAAGAUGAAGAAGAUAUAGAUCAAACGGUUAUCAAAAAUGCAGCACCUGGUUAAUAGGUUAUCUUAAUAGAAACAAAACCUUAAAUUAUCAAGGGAAGAUUGAAUAAAUUUGGUAAAUACAAAAGGAGGCUGAGAGAAUCGAUGACGAAUUUUGAAGAUGAGGAUGAAGAUCCAGAAUAAAUACUCAACAAAGCAAAUAGUGUUAAAAGAAGAGAAGUUUUGAAAAAUAGGAUGAGAAUUUAAGCUAAUGUAGAGUCAAAAAAGGAAAAAGAACUAGCUAAAAAAGGUAGAGAGUACUAAAUUUAGACAGAUAUUCCAGAGUCGAAAUGGGAAUAGAAAAUGGUUUAAUUAGGAAAAAGAAAGGUUAGGUUUCAACUUGAAAAUGAUCUAUAUUAACCUGACUUAGAUGUAGGUCCGGAUACAAUUUUUAAAAAUCCUACAUUUUUUCGAGGGCUACAAAUUCCUAAAAGUGGAGCUUAAACUUUAACUUCUAUUGGCUAAUCCAUGACAAGCUUUGCGUAAAUAGAUUUUGAAUUAGAACCAAAAAGUCACCAUGAAUUUGAUGAUAAAUAUAAUCUAAUGGAUGUGUUUAGUGAGUUAUAUAAAGGAGGUGAUAGAAAAGAUUAUAAGCUCAAGUAAUAAUGGAUAGAUUUUUUAAUUUAUAAAGACAAGAUGGUUGAUGCUUUUGAGAGAAUGGAUGGCUUAAGAUAUAAAUAUCCUCUCUAAAAGAAAAUCGAAUAAGAUGUGAGAAAUCAGUAAAUUUAUGAAGAUAUUAUCAAGGAAAGCGAAGAAGAAAAAGUCUGGAAACCAGAUGACUAACCCUAAACAGAUCCACCAGAUUAACUAAAAGAAUUUUUGAUUGAACCGAACAUUUUAGUUUAUUCCAAAAAUAUUUUAGAUUUAGAUAGAAAUUAUAAUAAAAAUAAAUAAGAUAAAGAAUAGGAUUUAACAAAUUAAAGAAGGGUAGCUAAAUUAGGUUUAGCUGAUGAAAAAACACAAGCUCACUAAAUUCAAUAAUUGGUUGAUUAAAAGAGUAAGCCUAGUGAAGUUACAUAUGGAAAUAGAGAGAUAUUUGACUUUAUGUAUAAGAAUUAUGGAGAUCUUGCUUUUGUUCCAAUGAAGACAUUAUAAAGAAUUUAUGACGAAAAAGAUUAAAAAUAAAAGAUUUCAUAACUUGAAAAAAUACUCUUCGAAUAAACUCCAGCUAUCCCAAAUAAUAUUCAUACAAACAAUAAUUUAUUUUUAGUUAAAGAAGUUAAUGAAUAUGAAAAUGAAUUGAGAUAAAAAAAGAGACAAAAACAAACCAUUUCUAGAGCUAGUUCUUAAAGCUAAGUAAAAGAAGACAUAUCUUAAAAAAAUUUCGAAGAAGCUAAUUAAAAAUCGAAAAUUUAAGCCCAAAUAAAUUCUGUAUUAGCUUCAGUUAAUCCAAUUAAUUUUUAAUUUAUUGCAAAUGAUGUAAAGCAAAAAUCUAUAGUAAAGGGUGUUGAAAAUAUUGCUACAAAAAGCUUUAAAAAUUUUUCAAAGAUCUAAGAUAUGUCACAAUAAAUAAAAUCUUAAAUCGAACCACCAUCAAUAGAAUAAACUUAAAAAAAUAUAUUACAAUCUCAGACUGAAAAUAAAACAUAAUUUUAAAUUUAAUCUUUACAGCAAAUAGGUGAGCCUUAAUAAUAAUAACAACAAAUCCAAAAAAGCAACAUUUCAAAUAGAGAAUAAUAAAUUAAAACUUUAAAAGACCUAAAUGAGAUGUACACGACCCCUGGACAAUUAAUAUCUCAAACACUCAAAACUAUUAAAAGCUAUAAUAAAUAACCAACAAACUAAGAUAAUCCAGAGUUUGACAUUAAAAAAAAUACAAACAUGUCUUUUUACUCUAACCCAGAUGAAGCUAAAUAAGUAAUAAAAAACCAGUAUUAUGUUGAUCAUGGCUCUCAUCUACUUAAUACAUAAUAUGAUUAUAAUAUACCUGCUCAUUAUCAUUAUAGAGAAGCAGAGCAAGGUCUCUUUUAUCUUUCGAAGAAUUAUAGAGAUUACUUUGAACCAGCAAGAGAUGUAUUUGCUGAAAAAGAUGGAUGGGAUAUUCUUGAUUAAUUUGCUAAGAAUCCUAAAAAUCUGAAAACAGAAAAACCAUAGAUUCAUAAUUAUAGCUAGCAAAAGGAAUUUCAUGAUGAAAACGAUAUAUUAACUGCUUUCCAUGGAAUAUCUGUAAUGAAUAACUGCAAUAAAUUAUUUAAUGAUGUAGAAAAAAGAAAUGAAGAUAAUUUUAAAAGGAGAAUUUACUAUAAUUCUUCAUAGUGA